AUGUCCAUCAAACUACCCCCAAUUUCCAGUCUAACUGAUUCUAUCGAUUUCCACAAUAGAAACUAUAGUCAUAAUGAUUACAGCAACAGAAAUCCUAAGCUGUUACCACCAAUCUCAUCCUUGCUCAAAGAAUCAAAUAAUAACUACCAGCGUGGGUGUCCACGCCCCCAGAUACCUAUCUUGAACUCAUCGUUUCCAUGCGAUCUUUCUCCUUCAGUAUCGAUAUCUUCGCCCUCUUCCUCGUCCUCCUCGUCUUGCUCUUCUUCUCCAUCAUCGUUGUUAAACUCUAGUACCAAUAAUAUCUCUUACUCGCCUAUUGUUGUGGCGCUUCCAGCAUCUUCGAACAGCUCUCAAAGCGUUCUCAAGAAAAAGCUACAAUGUGAAUGUUGCCAGUGUGAUUCGACUCCCGAAUGGCGUCGAGGGCCAAAUGGGGCCAGAACAUUAUGUAAUGCUUGUGGUCUUUAUUUCGCCAAAAUUGUGAAACGCAAAGGUCUUACAGUUGCUAUGAAAGAAAUGGAAAGGAAGAAAACGAUGAAAUCAAAGAUUAGACCCCAAAAUCAAGUCCCAUCGAACUCUCCUUCCUAUCCAGCAAUUGAUCCUAACUGCUACAACAACCAAUACCCACAACACUCUCAGAUGCCAAUGCACCAACAAGCAAUGUAUUACCCACCUCAGCAUCAACAUGUUGGUAGUAUGGGCGCCGGUCAUCCUUAUUAUCAAUCUCACAAUCCUCCCCCAUCUUCAUACCAAACCUUCAGUUCAUCUAAUUACGGUAACCAAGGAACUCAUUUCAGGUAA